CACAGCUACACAGUACAGAGUACAGACUAAACCAAUACCUAAAAAUAUAUUAUAAUAUUGCUUGCUGUAAGUACUGAGUGCAGUGUGAUUUAGGACUGAAAAGUGAAAAAGGUCCUUUCAAAGUGCCAAGAAGGAUAAAAUCUAGUAUCUUCUUUGUUAGCUAUUUCAAUUUCAAGUUUCAUCUAAUGUUUUAAGUUUUGUAUGGAUAAGAUUUUCGUAUUGCAAUUAAUAAUGUAAUAACUAUGUUUCUUCACUGUGUUUUGUUAAGUUAACUAAUUGUGGUGUUAUGUUAUUUAAUUUAAUAACGAUGUGAAAUUCGAAGUCUUAGUUGAUAUUGUGGUUGUCUUAAUCAUCCAAAGAUGUCUUCAGUUGGACAGCUAGUUCCUCCAGUUACAAGGGGUCCACCAAAUAUGACCUACACAUUCAAUGGACCCCACAUAGAGGGAUCCACCUGUAGUACAUUCAAUUCUAAAUAUGAUCCAGUCAUAUGUAUUAUAAGUGCAAUGUAUAUUGCAUUUGGAAUAGUUUACACACUUUUUGGUUACAGAUGUUUUAAAGCAAGCAUGUUUCUCACUGGCUUUACAUUUGGGUCAGCGGUAGUUUACCUCAUAUGUCUGCAAGAGUAUUUGAUGCCUCCAUAUGGAAAUGUUGGUGUUGCAUUAUGUGCUGGUCUCUUAUUUGGUUUGAUCACAAUGCUGAUUCAGUAUGUGGGUCUGUUUAUGACUGGGUUCCAUACUGGAUUGUUGCUUGCGAUUGCUGGACUCGCUAUCUACGAUCACUUUCUUGAGAGCAGGCCAACAUCAUAUUCAAUCUGCGUCGCAACUCUAAUUGUGUCUGGGAUAUUCUUUGCUGUGAUAAAUUUGUACUGGAAGAAAGUGCUCACAAUAUUCGGCACGAGUGUAUAUGGCGGAGCGAUCAUUGCAACAUCCCUGGACUAUUUUGUAGAACGUUUGGUUAUGCUUAAAUGGCUUUGGGAUCGAGCAAAGUUGGAGCCAGCAAUCGCUCCGCCCUGCCGAAUGUCGUGGUUGACGUUAGCUGCCUGGCCCACCGCUGCCAUCGUAGGCCUCACCGCACAGUGCGCGCUCACUGCCACCGGCAUUUACCACGAACAAAGCAUAAGUGCUCAGAAACGUCGGCUGCAGGCUCAGCAAACGCGGCCGGUUACUCGUGAGCAACGCGCCGAGAUGAAACAGCGCAAGUAUCGAUAUCUCUACCAAGUGAGGACCGCCCAUGGUGACGUCAUAUCGCAGUCGUAUGUGCAAGCAUUGCAGAAGAAAGCCCAGUGUGAGAAGUGGAGCGGUGCAGGCGGGGAGUGCAGCACACUCCAGAGCGACUCCACUCAUCUCACUGUUCUGGCGACGGAACAUCUGCCGCCGACCGACUCGGAUGACGAGCUCAAUCAGAUACGAGCCGCGCAUUGAAUUGAUAUUGAACGCAAUGUGCCAGCAACAUUAAUACUGCAAUUAUAUUAUAAUAUGUAGGACAUAGUAAUGUAAGACUUGUAGUAAACAAUAUGCAUUCGUAUAGUAUCGUAAGUGACGAAGUUCAAGGCCUAAAAUGUUUGAUAAGUAUUUUUAUCUUGUUGAAGUUUAAACACGAUCCUGCACAAUCUUUAAUAUCUGACAGCAGUGUUUGGUAGUAUGGGGUUAUGAUAAAUUUUUGAAGGAAUGUGAAUAUUUUUCUCUGAGAAAUAUAGAGAAAAAUAGUCAUUUUAGCAUUUGUUUCUGGAAAACGUCGACGUUUCCGAAAUAUGUUCCGCAAUAUGUCUUCGUGUACUAACGCGAUGCAUUGUUUUCUUUGUUCUAUUUGAUUUAUUUGAUAUUAAUUUUAUCUUUUUGAUAUUAUUUAUUUAUUAGAAAUUAAGAGUAUGACUGAUCUGUUAAUCAAUUUUAUGAGUUCAAUAAACGUUUUCAUUUCAUACAACAAAAACAUUCAGUGUCAUGUUUCAUAUGAGCUGAAAAUAAUCUUAAAGAGUUUCUUCCAUGUUUCUAAAGAAAAGUCCAUAGUAUUCUCGUACUAACACGCUGUAUCCCAAUGCAUUCUCACUGAGACAUGAUGAGAACAUAUCAGAGGAAUAAGAAGAAAUAAUAUUGCAGCUUUUGUUUUGCCACAUUGAUCCGGAAACGUCGCUGCGAGUGAUUUUGUAGAAUUAAUAAAGAAUGUAAUUUCAAAACCAGACUGUGAAUGAACAAUAUUAAGGCUGAAACAAACUUUUAUGGGUUUCAAAUGUCGCUACCAGAUUGAUUAUGCAGUAAAGAGUAAUGCUCUUUAGUAAAACAACAAAAAGAUUGAUUUCACUGCCGUUAUUUCUAAGCAAACGUUUUUUAUAAAUUUAUAUCCGGCCUUGAACUUCACUUCAUCUCAAGGGGGCUUAUAAUGGGCUUUUUAGCAAGAAAUUAUGCUUAUUUAUCAACGGACAACACCUUGACUGAUAAAAGUAUAAAAUUUCGCUUAUUGUUUUGUUAUUCGAGCUAUGUAGGUACGUUUAAAGUCCGCCCAUUAUGUGUCCCCCAAGUUAAGCACAUUUAAUCAGUUAGGUAUUAUUGUAAUAUACAUUGUAAUAAAAAUUUUGGUGUGGGUAUAUGAGAUGGCUCUUAGAGUAUUAUUUCAAUUAUUUUCUAUUCAACAUUCCUGAAUUGACUGAUGUGUUUUUCGUAAACGAAGCAGUUACAAGUUAAAAUCUCAUUAAGUUACUAAUGUUCGGGACCAUGUUUCCGGUAAUCUUAUAACUGAAAAUAUGCCUAUUGUUAUUUCCUUUGGUUAAAAAUUAAAUUAUUCUCGAUCUUGUUAUACUUGAUUACUUUGCUUCGGUAACAAAUGAUUACCUAAAUUUACGAUAUACUAUCGAGGAAAUCGUCCUCGAUAUUAUUUGUUCGCAUGUAAUAUGGAACCAAUAGACAGUCGAUAGUUGGUCUCGAUCACUACUUAAGAUCGUCUUAACCAAAUCUGAAUUUCGACAAUCGAUGCGUUCUUUUUUUAAACAACAUGCAGAGGCAUAAUAUUUAAUAUUUUGUCCAUAUUUAAGUAGAAGUAGGUGAUAGAUAAAACCAGCACAAAUCGAGGGACAAUAACCAUAGUUAUAAAGGAAUAAAUUUGAUGGAAGAUGAAGGGUUUUGAUUGAAUAAAUACGCAACAUUGAUCGAUAGAAACGGUCGAAAAACAGGCGAAACAUUACUUGUACGAUGCAGUAAACGUAAACAGAAGGUUAAUUUGCUUUAAACAUUUUAUUCGUGCACUGAUUUAUAUUUAAAUUCGUCAUUUUUUUGGCGAUUCCGUUGAUAUAUUUUUAAGGUAUUUUAAAAUAUUCCGAAUUAGCUGUUGGUUUUUAAUUAUUUAUUUUCAUUUAUAUCAACAAUUUACAGAUUUUAUAUACAAACUGGGACUGCGUCAUCUGUAGAUAGUUUGCAUAUAGAUUUUGUAGUUGUUGAUAAGUUAUAUAAAUUAUUUGGAAAUGGAUAUGAAACGAUGUGAUGACCGGUAGCUCUUAUAAAGAGACGUAUAGUGUAGGGUAACUUAUAAAAUUUAUUAUAAUUGUAAGAUUAUAAAACAUUAUUAUAUUAUAUUUUUCAACUCAGUUGAUCUGUUUUAAAUGUAUAAUUAUUUUGCAACGUUAGCGAUGCUUAUAACGACUAUCAUUUCUAAAUAAUUAAUCAUUAUAAAUAUAUUUUUAUUGAUGAUAUGUUGCUACACACUAUUAUUGGCUGGUAUUUCGUUUAAGUACCUAUUUAUCAAUGCAUCUAAUAGUCUUGCUAGCGAAAGUUGGCACCGGAAAAUGGCGGCAAAUUUAAAUGAUGUUUAGUGUAAGCAUUACGCUAAAAUUACAAUGAGAAAAUUGUAAUAACCUAUUUUGAUAGUUGAUAAUUAAUUGUAUGUUUGUAACUGUAAUAUAUGUUAUUGGAAGUAUCAAAUACGCGUACAUUGAACCGGGGGCUCCGUGGUUAGAGCUAACGGUUCAACGUACUAUGAAAGUAUUUUAAUGAAAUUUAAAAUACACAUAAAGUAUGUUCCAGUUCCUAUAUCCUAAUAUAGGCUUCUUUUUGCUAAAGGCUCUGUGCUGUUGUGUUUAUUGAACUUUCCAACCCAAAAAUAAAAAAGUUUGCAUUUCCAGUGCCAGCUUCCUCUUGAAAGAUUUUUCAGAAUUUAAUUUGAAAUAAAUGGAACAGACAAUAUCAAGAACAUAUUGAGAAUGAUAUCUUAUUUCAUUUCACAUUAUUUUUUUUUUUCGUUUACUCAAUGCCAGCCGCACGUUGAUGCGUUCCACGCGUAAUAUUUUCAAUUCGAUGCUGUAAUUCAGUCGGAGAAUUUUCUUAAAGAUUAUUAAAACGGAGGAAAAGGUAACAAUUAAAAUGAUUAGUACUACUGUUUUCUUAACAACAGCGGCCGGCAUAAUUAAAUUUUAUGUUUUUGGAUAUCUAGGGUACUUAAUACAAAUUUUAUUUCCGAAGACGAUUCUACAAUUUUCUUUUAUAUAUUCCGAAAUAUUUUAAAAAUAUAACCGAGAGCUAAUACGUUCAGACAGGAUAAUGUCUUUCAAAUUUUUUUUUGUUCCAUUAACUGUCUUAAUUAACAGAUUGUAACAGAAAUAAUGGAAUUGAUACAAGCGCUUGGAAUUGUUCCUUGUUUUAUAUUUAUUAUAAUUCACUCACUGUCAAACAGACUUAAUUUUCUGUUCCCGUGUGAUAAUACUUAUUAGUUCCGCCAAAGUUUAUUUUAGUCGUUACAUCGCUUAAAGCACAAUAUUAUUUUUAAACAUAUAUCGCUUACUACGCUUAUUUGAAGUUUUGUUGUAUAUAUAUAAUAUAUAUAUCUAUAACAUUAAAGUGUACUUUUUCAUUAUAUUUAUACAGCAUAAUAUAAGUGUAAAUAAAUAUUUUAGGUAUAAACGUUAAGUGUCGAAAUAUUAUGGUAAGUCUCUAUGCUCGGCAAUUGAUUGUAAAUUGUAUCAAUUUUUUAUGAAUACUGGGAUUUAUAUCCUGGUACGUGUUCGUAAUAUGAUUGACUGUGAUAGAACCGUGUAUGUUUUUUAUUUAUGGUUGAUUCUUUGUUUUUUUAAUAUUAUGUACUAAAGUUUUGCCCAGUUAUUAUUGGAAAUAUAUCUAUUUCGGUUUCACAUCGCUCAAUUUCUAGUCUUUGCUGCUUUUGGUGAUAGUAUGUUUAAGUAUGUGCCUAGUUAAUAAACGCUGUCUGUUGUACAACACAGGAUAGUUGCCUGAAUAUAUAUAAUGGUAUUUUUUAAAUGCGGUUAAUAAUUGGGUUUUAAUUAAGAAUAACUUUCAUUUACUUUUUCUUUAUUAUUUUCAAAUUUAAUUUUUUAGCGAUUGAGAUUCUUGAAGCCACUGUUUUAGCUUUACUAUUUUAUAAUUUAUAAAAUGUUAUUCGAUUUAUUUUUCUGUUGUUUAUUUGUGAAUUAUUAUUAUUAUUGUAAUAUUAUUUACGCAUGUA